AGCAGCAAAACCACCAGCUCCGGCGCCGCCCACCAACUCCGGCGCUCGCCGCCAUGUCGCUCCGCCGCCUCCUAGCCUUCUCCAGCGCCUCCUCCGGCCACCUCCGCCGCUCCCUCUCCACGGCCGCCUCGGAUUCUCCAGCUGGGGGCCUGUCUUGGUACAUGCUCGAGAAGGUCACCAUGGCCAUGGGGUCGGCGGCGACCCCGUCCGUGCGCUUCGCCGACCCUCCGCGCGUCUCCGAGCUGUACAUGCCCGAGAACCUCUUCGAUCCCGGCGCCAUCCCCGUGCCGGGCCGCCAGAGCGACACCGUGCGGAUGCUGUCCGGCCAGGCCGGCUCCGCCAGCCAGGACGGCCUCCUCCUCCUCAACUACAAGGACAUCCGCAUCACGGCUCCCAUCGUCGCCACGGAGCACCGCGGCAACCUGUCGAGGGGCAUCCGGAAACCUACCGGCGGCCGCCCUGACCCCGCCGAGGUCCCCGACAUGGCGCACUUCGUCUUCAACCCUUUCACCCGCGAGUUAUCGCCCCGUCUCCCGGAGAUCCAAGGCCCGGUCAAGAUCAGCGACGGCUUCGAAGUGGGCCUCCUCACCCAAGCCGAUGCCGGGCGCGGGCCGCCGGACAGGUACGCCGUGGCCAAGCUAGAGGGCGACGUGAUGCUCCGGUUUCUCUCGGAAACAGGGGAGUGGGAAACCGUGCAGGGCUCUCCGUGCCAGCUCCCGGCUGCGGGGCGGCGGUUCUCGCCGUGCCAGGAGGUGGUGGCCUUCGGCGGCCGGCUGUGGUGGGUGGACGUGACCUGGGGCGCCGUCUGCGCCGACCCGCUCAGCGACCGCCCGGAGCCGCACUUCGUCGAGCUGCCCAGCGGCAGCGUGCUGCCUGCAGACGCAUGCGAGCAAGCCAUCCGCAGCUCAAUCUUUCUGACUGAAGCUAACGGCAUGAGCAAGAUGUACAUGCGGCUGCCCAACAUGUGCCGCCGCGUGGGGGUCAGCGGGGGCUGCCUGCGCUACGUUGAGGUGUCUCAGACGGCGCCGUUCGUCCUCAGCUCCUUCGCGCUCGACGCCAGCCACAGCGGCUGGACGCUGGAGCACCGGGUGGCGCUCAGCCGUCUCUGGGCGGACGGAGCACACCCGUGGCUUCCCUUGGAAGGGGCCAACAGGCCGCAGAUUGGCGCCCUUCACCCGUAUGAAGCUAACGUGGUGCACCUCAUUGUCGGCAAGCACAUCCUAGCCGUGGACAUGCACAAGGGGGAGGUCACUGAGCAUGUUCCCUAUAGAGGACACCAUCAAGUCAGCAUUUUACCAUGUCCUGUUCCAUCCUGGCUUCCAACAGCACGUAUCCCUUCCAUAGGCAAGAAGGACGUCUCCAAAAAGACUACAUUGGCAGAUGUUCUAGUCCGUUCAGACUGAUGCCCAAAGAACUGAGGUAACUACUCAUUUAAGAAGCUGAUGAUGGUAAUCUGCUGAAGUCUCUUUUUGCUAAAAAAAAUCUUGAGGAGUUUAGCUGUUUCAAGAAUUUGGUAACAUUUUGGGGAUACACUUGAGAAGCUUGGUUGUUGUAGCUUGCUGAUGAACUAUCUCGCUUUGGGGAAGAUGUUGUGAGUUGUUCGGUUUCGAGUUCAAAGCUGAGACAUUCCAGUAGAUUUGCUCAACUAGUUAAGUAUGUACUGACCAUCGCUGAAUUUUAUGUUCGUUUCCAAAAACAUUGUGCUCAGCUUUUUCAUAGGAAAAGUUCAAUGGAACCGCAUGUUUGAUUCUAUUAUGUUAAAUAUCAUGCACCAUCAUCUACGAUA